AUCCCGUUGACCCAUUUUCAGGCUACUACAUUUAGCGUUACUUCCAAAGAAUUUGCCUUGAGACUCUUUUCUGUUUCUCAAAAUUGUCCUUUUCUUUAUCUUUCUAUUCGUUACGAUUGUUUUCACCAUUAUUAAUUAACAUUUUUGCUUACUUAACGUCCACGGUUGUUUUAAAUGCACGACACUGACUGAGCAGCACCUAACAAGCAGAGGUCGCAUUGACGCGACGUCAAGAGUCAUUGGAAACAUGAACCCUCUGGUGACCAGAUUCAACUUAAAAUGGACACAUUUAACCCUGCGGCAACCUUGGAGAACCGCUAUAGCAGGUACUAAGGUGCAGCUCUCCACACUUCCAUCAGAACCUGUUGUCCCCUUCAAGAAGCCUUUCAAAGUGGAGCUUAUUGGUGGGAAGCGUUACUCGUGGUGCGCCUGUGGACACAGCAAGAAUCAGCCGUUUUGCGACGGAGCCCACAAGACCAAAGCCCAAGGCUUGUCCCCGCUACGUUUCGUCCCCGAGAAAGACGCCACAGUUUGGUUGUGUGGUUGCAAGCAUUCAAACAACCCACCUUACUGUGACGGGACGCACAAGCAGGCCUUCAUUGUUUCUGCAACGCUACAUGAACAAAAAGACUCUUAAAAGUCAGAUGGAUCUAAUCUGAGUAUUUAUGUUGCUGUUGCACACAUUUUUGAACAUACAUCUCAGUGUUUUAAUCUCAUUGUUCACACUCUUUGUCUUUUCUAUUGAAGACAAAAUGUUGCAUUAAAACAGUGUUGGACUGUGAUAAUCUGUUAUAUAAUAGAAGUUUGCAUACAGAGAUUUUACUGUUUUAUACUGAGAUGGCUGUGAGAUCUUUGUUUUAUUACGCCGUAUUGGACAAUGUUAUAAAUGAUACAGGAAGAGAGACCAGCUGAAUGUCUGCCUCACCAGAACAAGGAAAUCUUAUUGCUGUAUGAAGGUUGGGAAACCGUAAUAUGUGUCAUGGCAUGUUUAGUCUCUUUAAUCCUUUUUGUUUGGCUUCAGUUCAUUACUUGAACAAUGUAUACCGUGUGUGUAAACCUAGCCGUUUCUGCCAUUAUAAUGCAGUGACUAACACUUUAGUCCCUCCAUUUCACACAGGUUAGCUCCUUGUGAGAAACAAGCUGUUCAUAUUAAAAGUCAAGCAAAAUUUA